UCCAAUCUUGUCUCUGAAGAGGGGAAGGGUGGUGGGAGCGUUGCUGAGGCUGGGCUGCAGGUUCGGAUGAAACGGCAGGAGCCCUCUCUCGGAACCGGGCAGCAGAGCGGCAGGGAGGCGGCGCGGCGCUGGGCCAACCCGGCGAUGGGCGCCGGAGGCAGGGGUGUGCAGGGACCAUCACCCGGGCAAACUUCACCUCGCCCCCCCCAGCCUUCCCGUGCCGUUCCAUGGCUAGCUUGACGGGCUGCCCAGAGCACGGCGCUCCGCUUCCCUGGGGGAACUCAUUGCUAUUCAUGGAUAUCAGCGACCCUGAGUCUCUGCCAGUUACACUGACAAUCUACCAUGCAGCCCGUGGAAUAGGAGGGGGAGAGGAAUAAGCAGCAAGAAUUAGGACCGGCGGCAACAGCAUGGGUUUCAUGAAAUAUCUCAUUGCUCCGAGAUCUGUGUUGGUCCUGGUUCCCGCGGUGUUACUGGCGGUGCUGUCCGGUGCUGAGAGAGUGUGCCCGGGGACAUGUCGCUGCGAUGGCAAGAUAGUCUACUGCGAGUCGCAGGCGUUGCAAGAAAUCCCCCGGAACAUUUCCUCGGGGUCGCUCGGUCUCUCCCUCCGGUACAACAGCAUCAAGUCCCUGAGACCCAACCAAUUCUCCGGGCUGAACCAACUCACCUGGCUCUAUCUGGAUCACAACUAUGUCCACGCGGUGGACGAGAACGCAUUCCAAGGCAUCCGCCGGCUGAAGGAGUUAAUUCUCAGCUCCAACAAGAUCACUCGGCUGCACAAUGGCACCUUCCACCCCGUGCCCAAUCUACGCAACUUGGAUCUCUCCUACAAUAAGAUGCACGUCUUGCAGUCGCUGCAGUUCAAGGGUUUGAGGAAACUCCAAAGUCUGCACCUGAGAUCGAACUCGUUGAAAGCUAUACCGGUCCGAGCUUUCCAGGACUGCCGUAACUUGGAGUUCUUGGACCUGGGCUACAACCGGCUCCGUAGUUUGGCUCGGAAUGCCUUCGCCGGGCUGAUGAAGCUGACCGAGUUACACCUGGAACACAACCAGUUCUCCAAGGUCAAUCUUGCGCACUUCCCACGUCUCUCCAGCCUGCGGACUCUCUAUCUCCAAUGGAACAGGAUCAGGGUGUUUAGCCAAGGGAUGUCUUGGACCUGGAGCUCCCUGCAAAAGUUGGAUCUGUCAGGAAACGAGAUCCAAGCCAUCGUGCCCGGUGUGUUCCAAUGUGUGCCCAACCUCCACAGUCUCCACCUCAACUCCAACAAGCUCACCACCAUCAGCCAGGAGAUCCUCAGCUCCUGGACCUCCCUGACCACCAUCAGUCUCUCCUCCAACAUCUGGGAGUGCAACCGGAACAUCUGCUCACUGGUUAACUGGCUCAAGAACUUCCAAGGCUACAGAGAGAGCGCCAUGAUUUGUGCAGGACCCAAGUCUCUCCAGGGCUACAACGUCAUGGAAGCCGUUGACCAUUACAAAAUUUGUGCCGAGGUUACCCCAGUUGUCACCCAGAGACCACAAGGCUCAAAGACAACACACAAGACACUUGCUCCCAAGCCAACCGCCGUGGUCAGUAAGCCUCAGCUCCCUGUCACUGUCCAUCCUUCCAACGAGUCCAUCCCUGACUCAGAGCAUGACUUUGAACACAUCUCCUUCCACAAAAUAAUAGCGGGGAGCGUGGCGCUCUUCCUGUCAGUAACCAUGAUCCUGUUGGUGAUCUACGUCUCCUGGAAGAGGUACCCAGCCAGUAUGAAGCAGCUGCAACAGCGGUCCCUGAUGAAGAGGCGCCGGAAAAAAAAGAGGGAGUGCGAGAGGCAGAUUAACUCCCCCUUGCAAGAGUACUAUGUGGACUACAAGCCGACCAACUCUGAAACGGUGGACGUAUUGGUCAAUGGCACAGCGGCUGGCACCUACACCAGACCCGGCUCAAGGGAAUGUGAGACACCGCUUCCCAUGAACAUUACAGCCUUUUACAACUACGAUCAGCCGCUGGUUGGGUACUGCAAAGCACAUCAGACUCUCCACAUACACAAGCGGUACGAGACCCCUCUACAGGAAGAGGCAGAGCCCAGCAACAUUGAACCGGGUGUGAAUCGGAAUGUCAUCAGUACAGUCGCCCGCUCCGCUAUUCCCAACAUACAUCUCGAGCCCCCUCAUUCACCAUAGAUGGACAUCUCACAAGUGGGAAACUUGUGUGUGACAAGCUCUAGACGGGAAGGAAGUAAAAACAGGAUAAAAACAAACAUUUGAAUGUUCUUUCCUGUGUUUAAAAAAAAUUUAUAACUGAACAAUCUGUGGCCGUUGAAAACUCAAUAACUAAACUUCUGAAAUUUGCCAUCCUUCUGAUUUUCUGUGCUUUGGUAUUUGACGAUGUAAAUAUAAGACUCUGCUUAUCAUGUUCUUAAGAAAAUAAACUAAAAACUGUAAA